UUGGAGGAGGUCCUGAAAAAGGAGCUGACCGGCAGCUUUGAGAACGCCAUCAUGGCCAUGUUGGACCCUCCCAACGUCUACUUCGCCAAGGAGCUGGGGAAGGCCAUGAAGGGGGCGGGCACGGAUGAAGCCGUGCUGGUGGAGAUCCUGUGCACGGCCACCAACGAGGACAUUAUCAGUUACAAAGAGGCCUAUGCCCAGGUGCAUGAACGUGACCUGGAAGCUGACAUCGAAGACGACACCAGUGGCGACGUGAGGAACCUCCUGAUCUCACUCCUGCAGGCGAGCAGAGACGAGGGCUACGAGGUGGAUGAGGGCUUAGCCGAACAGGACGCCGCGUCUUUGUUUGAGGUACGUUUUGAAACGCGUUAAGAAUAAGCGGCUCACUUUGAAUCUAUUAUCUUCGAGUCUUGCUGCACGUGAGCUCAGGAUGGUUGGUAAACCUUUCUUCCAAUACAGAUUAGGUCUUGCUGCU